UCUUCCUCCCUUCCUCGACUGCUUUCCUUCCUUCCUUUCUUUCCUUUUUCUUUUUCUAUAUCUUCUCUUCCGUUUGGCCACCGAGACGAAGAAAACGAGGAGGAGCACAUCAUCUCUUCCUAAAUAUCUAUUCAAAACCGCGUCGUGUUUGCCUCUUUAGUCGAUAUCAAGGCAAGGAAGGAGAGAGAGGGAAAGAGGGGUAGAGAGAGAGAGAGAGAGAGAGAGAGAGAGAGAGAGAGAGAGAGAGAGAGAAAGAGAUGAACAAUCUCUUCUCGUCCGCGUCUUGGAAACGGGACGUCGAGUCCGGAGGAGGAGGAACAGGGGACGUGGAGAUGGGGACGGGAGCAGCGGCCGGCGGGGCUAACCUGGAUAGGUUCUUCGAGGACGUGGAGGCGAUCAAGGACGAGCUGCGGGAGGUGGAGAGGCUCCACCGCAGCCUGCACGAGGCGAACGAGGCGGGGAAGACGCUGCACGAGGCGUCGGCGGUGCGGGAGCUCCGGGGCCGCAUGGACGGCGACGUCGCCCUCGCCCUCAAGAAGGCCAAGCUCAUCAAGCUCCGCCUCGAGUCCCUGGACCGCGCCAACGCUGCCAACCGCGCCGUCCCCGGGUGCGGGCCCGGGAGCUCCACCGACCGCACCCGCAGCUCCGUCGUGGCCGGCCUCCGCAAGAAGCUCCGGGACUCCAUGGAAGCCUUCGCGGAGCUCCGCCGCCGGAUCGCGGCCGAGUACCGGGAGACGGUGGGGCGGCGCUACUACACCGUCACGGGGGAGUCGCCCGACGAGGCGACGGUGGACGCGCUGGUGGCGACGGGGGAGGGGGAGCGGUUCCUGCAGCGGGCCAUCGAGGAGCAGGGGAGGGGGCGGGUGCUGGACGUGGUGGCGGAGAUCCAGGAGCGGCACGGGGCGGUGGCGGAGCUGGAGCGCAGCCUGCUGGAGCUACAGCAGGUGUUCAUGGACAUGGCGGUGCUGGUGGAGGCGCAGGGGCAGCAGCUGGACGACAUCGAGAGCAACGUCGGCCGCGCCCAGUCCUUCGUCCGCCACGGCACCGACAAUCUCACCACCGCCCGCGUCUACCAGAAGAACACCCGCAAGUGGACCUGCAUCGCCAUCAUCCUCCUCCUCAUCAUCAUCCUCGUCAUCGUCCUCCCCACCGUCCUCUCUCUCACCAAGAAGUGAUCACAGCUUUCCUCCUCCCUCCUCUUCCAUCUUCCACUACUUAUGUUUCUGCUGCUUUCGAUGUCCUCAUGGCUAUCUUUUCUUCGAUUUUGUUUUCUUUUGUUCGUUCAUAUGGAUUUCUUUCUUCCUCCCUCUCGAUGUUUGUAGAUCUACUUAUUAUGGUGGUGAACAUUUCUUGCUCA